CGGGAAAUGGAGAAUUUACUAUGCAAUGAAGUGUGGCUAAUGACCCCUGAUAAUGGACAAGAAAACGGAGGAAGUAGUAAUGCGAACGCGAAUGUCGAAAGUUCGUUGUUUUUGUCGAAAGAAGAUUGUGAAGAAGCUUUAGGUGUUUUUCUUGGGAAGGAAGCAACUUAUAUGCCUCAACCACCCUACUUUCAGCUUCUCAAUGCUAACGGUUUUCUCCGUAAUGCUAGGUUUAAAUCUGUUACUUGGCUUCUUAAGUCUCAAAGGAGAAUGAAUCUGUGUCGUGGAACAGUGUUUAUCGCCGUGAAUUAUUUGGAUCGGUUCGUUUCAGUGACUCAUGAAUGCCGAGAAUGGAAACAGUACUGGAUGUUUGAACUCCUCUCCGUCGCAUGUUUAUCCGUCGCCUCUAAAUUCAACGAAACAACGAUGAAUCUCCAACUGCAUGAAUUCCAGGUGGAAGGUGAUCUCGAGAAAUGCUUUGAUCCGGGCCUAAUUCAGCGAAUGGAACUAAGACUGAUGAAGGCAUUAGGAUGGAGAAUGGAUUCUACGACUCCGUUUUCUUAUAUCGACAUCUUAAUACAUAGUAUUCAUCACGCCUUGAACAAAUCCGUGGUCCACGAUUUCACUCAACGUGUUAAUGAAUUACUCCUCGCUGCUCUUUUAGACCCUAAAUUCCUGGAGUUCAGACAAUGUGUUGUAGCCAUAUCUGCAGUCAAACGUGCAUUUGAAGAGUUAUCGCCGUCGAUAGAUAUAGCUUCGCUUGCACUUUUGGACAAUGUUGUCCCUCAAGAUCAAAAGGACGAUUUAAUCAAGUGUGGAAGGAUUAUGGGGAAACUAUUAUCGGUUCAAGAUCACGAUAAUAUGUUAGUUUGUGCAAAUUCUUGGCACAGUAGCCCUUCGAGUCCGGUAACUGUAUUGAAGGCGGAGUGCUUCAACUUCGACGACUAUCAAGUUGAAAAUAUUUCUCUCGAUUUGGGAUCGGGUAUUAGGAAGAGGAAGUGGGAGGAACCGGAAUUCGGGUUGUGAAUUUAAUUUAAUUUAACUGUCAUUAAUGUUAAUGUAUGUUGUUGAUUAAUAUGUCUUGUGUUCUACUCAACUGUGAAUGAGGUAGACUACUAUUUUAAUGUAUAAUAGGAUUAUCCUCU